AUGUGGUCUGAAAGGAGGAAAUGCAUUUUGACAUGUGGGAUGGAGAGUGGUAUUAUUGGAGGAAAAGUGGCUGCACUUAAUUCCCGACCAUACAUGGCAUCUAUUCAGAUCAAUAAACAUCACACAUGUGGAGGGAUGCUGCUCAGAGAGGAUUAUGUACUGACAGCGGCCCACUGUUUGAAUCGUAGUGUCUUCUCUAGUCGAGAUCACUUUGAGGUUGUUCUGGGAGCUCACAACAUCACGAAGGAGAAGAGCCAGCAGAGAAUCCCAGUGAGGAAAUACAUCCGACAUCCUAUGUUUGAACAGAACAAGGAGAAGGACUACAGCUAUGAUAUCAUGUUACUAAAGAAGAAUGGAAAAACACCAGCUAAUGUUCACUGCUCCAUUGCGGGUUGGUGGUUGAAAACCCCAAAAGGAAACCAGGCAUCAGAUGUGAUGCGGGAAGUCAAUCUCAAACUGGAGGAGAACUCAAAAUGGGGAUUCAGGGAGUCCUCUUAUCUGCAAUACUAA